ACCAUGGACACGAGGCAACGACAACGAGUGAGGAGUGAGUGUCACGGAUGUGAAGUAGCUAAAAACAGUUAGCGGAGCCCGGGCGCACAUAAACAUAAUUAACCUUAAUCCAGGAGGAGCACAGCCCUGAUGGAGAUGGAGGAAGUUGCUGCUUCCGAGAAGCUUCUGCCCAAGUCCUACAGGAGCAACUCUCCAGAAGAGAUUCGACUGUUAGCCAUCGCAGAAAACUUCCAGCGUCAGUACUCGCACUUGUGUCCUGACCGCAAACCGCUGCUGCUCUGUCCUGUAAACGAAUGUGGAGUAAAGAAGUUUGUGUCGACGUCUCUUCGUCCAACGCCGACCAUCCACUGUGAACUGUUCGACUGGCAGGGCUGUGCCUCUUUUGUGGCCGACUUCCUGUCGUUGGUCCCUCUGGAUCCGCCCGUGGAGCCGCCGAAGGUCCUUUCCUCUCCCACCUCGGUGCUGCAGAGUCAGAGAGCCACGUGUUUUGAGUAUGCCACUCUGCUGUGCAGCCUGCUGCUCGGCGAAGACUACGAUGCCUACUGCGUCAGCGGCUACGCCGUCAAAGAGAUGUGUCUGCUCGAUCAGAGCAUGCAGCAGUGCCCCCUGCUGGACCCCGAGGUCAAGGCUGUGCAGGAUGUGACCCCAGAACAGAAGGACCAGGAUGAUAAAUACUCAGUGAAGCUGCAGCUGCAGCUCAAGAGUCGUUUUCUGGCCGAGCAAGAGAAGAAGAAGCAGAAGGCUAAAGCUGCGCUGCUUGUAAAACAAAAACAACAAGAGGAGAAAGAUCGGCAGCUGGCCGACCCGCUGCGAGGCCUGCGGGUGCACUGCUGGGUGCUCGUGCUGUCGGGCUGUCGGGACGUCCAGGAGAACGUCUUCAUCGACCCUCUGACCGGGAUCAGCUACCCCACCAACAGUGACAACUUCCUGGGCAUCGAGAGUGUGUGGAACAACCUCAACUACUUUGUGAACAUGCAGGACUGCAGUAACGGCUGUGCUGACAUGAUGUUUGACCUGGAUGAUUUGAAAACGUGGGAGCCAGUCUUGUUUGGAGCAUCAAGCAAAAAGCAACUGAUUCAAGAAGUCCUGAAGAGAAAAGAGGCUAAAAUGAUGGGCAAAGGGAACCUGGUGCAGGAGGGCGUACCCAACGUUUUGGAGAUGCCGAGAUCCUGGGUCAGCUACAUUGCCAUCUCAACAGAAGCCCUGAAGAACCGCUGGCCAGGAGGAAAGAAGGUGAUCCGCUACAAACAAGCCCAGCUGGAGAGGUUUGCCACGUCCAAAAGGUUAUACGGCGUUGUCACACGACUGACCAAAUACAAAGACCGAGGCUGCACUGAGGUCGCCACGGUGAAGGAGUGGUAUCAAGACAGGAGCGACUUCCUGGAGGAGAAGGAGGUGGACAAUAUCAAUAAGAUCACCACAGAGCGCUUCAGACAUGGAAGAAAACGUCACCUGCUGUUUUUGAGGGUCAAAUCACUUACUGUGGGCACUGAGGUUGAAAUGCACUUCAGCGGUGCUCGCGUUGACGACCUGGUGCGGAGGGUGCUGUUGCCGAAAGAAUUAAUCGAGCUCUUCGAAGGCCGGAGCGACUUCCUCCAUUACCGGCACGUCUACUUCAAAAAACAUAUCCAGCUGCUCAGCGAGAACUCACACACGGAGGAAGUGCCCAUACUGAAAGUGGUAGAGCGUUUCCAUAGAAACGGCUCCAAACCAGCCAAUGAAGACGUGGCUGAGCGAGUGUUCCUGAUACCAGAGAAACUGAUUGAGUUGACCUACCACUUAACGGAGGACCGAUUGAUCCCUUCAAAGAUCAGCUUCAUCAAGCCACUGGGCUCAGAAAAAAGGAACGCACAGGAAAUCUCUCUUGACAUGAUCUCCACCUUCCAGGUGGAUCUAUCUGCGAAGCCGUUCACAGCCGUAACCCUGCAUAAGAUGCUGGUGGAACUGAUGGAGGUUGAAGAGAAGGUGACUCAUCAUAUUAUGCGGUCGGUGAAAGAGAUGAGAGACGUUGUGACCCUCCGUGAAAAGGAGACUAAAGAAAUGAAGCUGUGGAGCCGAGCAGCUGCCCUCGUCCACAGCAGGAAACAGAAAAAGGAAAAUGCUGAACUUAAAAACAUUUUGCAGAAGUAUCUGUCUGAGGAGAUCGACCAAGAUGUGAAGAAGGAAGGCCUGAAUCCAUAUUUUGACAUCGAAACAGAGGAGAAAAUCAAAAUCAUUCAAGAACAAUACAUGAAGGACACAGCAGAGGUGGAGAAGACGCAGGAGUGGUUAAAGAUGAAAUUGGACGAACUGAGAAAACAUCGGGAGCGGGACCAGCAGCACUGCGACGAGAUAAGAAGCCAAAUUAAAGCCGCCCUGCAGCAGCUGCACAUGGAUAUGCGGAGCGGAGAGGAGACACACAAGGAUGUUCAGGAGGAUCUCUGCCAGGAACUGAAGCUCUCCUCUCUGAUGGACAGCUGAGCUGCACACACCUGUCGCCUUUUUGUUUUAACAGUAAAAACAAAUAUUGGUGUUUAUUCGUUACACAACCAAAUGAUACAACUACACACGUGUCUGCUUUUGUUUGCUUUGCUUUUCUUCAUCUUUUUAUUUUUGACAUUUAGAUUUUUCAGACCGUGUGUAAGACUUCAUACAGGAGGGUCCUCUGUACACGACUGCCUCUAGAUCUGAUAUUCAUGGUUGUUGCUACGAAAUCAAUCAACAAAUAAAUACAAAUCAUAAGGUU